UGCCUAGCGCCUCACCGAGAAGCCACUCACGGCAGUGCCUGCGGAGCCCAGAACAGGAUGGUACUUCAAGACGCGACCAGCCAGCGGCAGGUUAGCUGAGGCGGCUCACGUCCGGAAUCACAGAGCGGUGACGCUCCUGUCCAGGAGCAUAGGAGUGCUUGUGUUGCCGCAUAUCUGAGUGAUGAAAAAAGAUCGCCGGGGAGUGGAUGGCGAGCCAAGCAGCUGCGGUGACCGGGUGGACGCCUUCCUCGGUUCCUCCGUCCGGAGCACGACAAACUCCACUUUUGCUGUAAAUUACCAAAUUCUUUGCCCCGAGAGUCAGUUGACAUGGAAAGGAGCUGGGGUUCACAUGCAAAGCUGGUUGGUUGUCGUUGAGGCAAUCAUUGCAAAAGGAGAAAAAAAGAAGGCACAAAUGGCUAGGCUAAAGAAAAGAAUAACGGGGCUGGUUGCUUGGGUGGACCUGAACUCCCUGUUGCUUGCCGAUCGGAUGUGUGGAAAGCGUUUGGGCCGUGCCGGAGAACAGUCGAAUAUGGUUUUUGGUACACAGUUGCUUAAUGUUCAACAGUUCAGGUUUGGCUACCUGAAACCAGAAGUUUGAACCAACCCUGUUGCAGCAAAGGCAUCAUGAACAAGAGAUGCUCAAUUGUGAAUAGAAUGUUUACUUGGAUGCAUUUGUGUUUUUCUAGAUGGAUGCAAUUGUGUUUUUUCUUGAACCUCCAAAGCUGCAUGUGAAAUGUUUGUAGAAUAGGAAUUUGUGGCUUAUGUUUUAUUCAUGUGGAUUCCUUUUUAGCCCAUUAAGAAAACGAAUUCUUGGACCAGCAAA